UUUUUUUUUCCUCUUCUUUUUUUUUUUUCUUAUUUACCAAAUAAAUAAAUAAAACUUAUUUUUUUUCCAAUAAAACAAACCCCCCAUACAUCAAACAAUUUUUCUUUUUUUUAGUAUGACUUCAACAUCAUCUGUUACUUCUACGGGUGACAAUGUUACUGCCACCACUACUACUACUACUACUACUUCACCUCCUUCUACUCAACAACAAGAACAACUACCUUUAACAAGUUCCUCUUCUUCAGGUGCUAAUGAUGCUAUCAAUCCUUCUGCUUCUUUAUAUGUUGGUGAAUUGGAUCCUUCCGUAACUGAAGCAAUGCUUUUUGAAAUGUUCAAUAUGGUUGGUCCUGUGGCAAGUAUUCGCGUUUGUAGGGAUGCCGUUACUCGACGUAGUCUUGGUUAUGCUUAUGUGAACUUUCAUAAUAUGGCCGAUGGGGAACGUGCUUUGGAUAGUUUAAACUAUACUCUUAUCAAGGGAAAACCAUGCCGUAUGAUGUGGUCUCAACGUGAUCCUUCGUUACGAAAGACUGGAAGUGGAAAUAUCUUUAUCAAGAAUUUGGACUUGGCUAUCGACAACAAGGCUCUUCAUGAUACAUUUUCAGCAUUUGGUAACAUUUUAUCUUGCAAGAUAGCUACUGAUGAAAGUGGAAAUUCCAAAGGUUAUGGAUUUGUACAUUAUGAGACGGAAGAAGCGGCUGAAAAUGCUAUUAAACACGUCAAUGGUAUGCUUUUGAAUGAUAAAAAAGUAUUUGUUGGUCAUCAUAUUGCAAGAAAGGAAAGACAAGCUCAAAUCGAUAUAUUACGCUCCAAGUUUACCAAUGUAUAUGUGAAAAAUUUGGAUGUAGAUAUUUCUGAUGAAAAUCUUUAUGAUAUCUUCGUCAAGUAUGGUCCUGUGACGUCUGCUUUGGUGUCUCGUGAUGAAGAUGGUACUUCGAAAGGUUUCGGCUUUGUCAAUUUUGAAAACUCGGAAGAUGCACACAAGGCAGUGGAUGAUCUGAAUGAAAAGGAAAUCAAUGGCAAGGUACUUUAUGUGGGUCGUGCUCAAAAGAAAUCUGAAAGGGAAGAAGAAUUACGACGACAAUAUGAACAAGCCAAAUUGGAAAAAUUAGCCAAGUACCAAGGUGUUAAUCUCUAUAUCAAGAAUCUGGAUGAUGAUAUUGAUGAUGAAAAAUUAGGUCAAGAAUUCUCUGUAUAUGGUGUCAUUACAAGUGCAAAAAUCAUGCGUGAUGAAAAGAACAACUCGAAAGGUUUUGGAUUUGUAUGUUUUUCUUCUCCUGAUGAAGCUACCAAGGCUGUUACUGAAAUGAAUGGUAGAACGAUAGGUUCCAAACCAAUCUAUGUCGCUUUGGCUCAACGAAAAGAAGUUCGUCGAUCUCAAUUGGAAGCUCAAAUGAAUCAAAGAAAUCAAAUGCAAAUGCAACAGACCGUGGUUGGAACACCUGGUAGCUAUAUGGGAGGAGCACCUAUGUUUUAUGCUCCUGCUGGUGGAUUUCAUCCUAUAUUCCCUCCUAGUGGUAAAAUGCCUCGUCCACGUUGGGUACCUCCACCUCAACAAGGUCAUCAUAUGCCUGGCUUUGCUGCUCCAAGAGCAUAUCCAAUGCGUCCUCCUUUUGGUCCUCGUGUUUAUCCUCCUGGAGUUACACCAUCACCACCUUCUCUUCAACAACCAGAUCAUCCUAGUUUGACGGCGAAACAAUUGGCAUUGGUCUCCCCUGAAGAACAAAAACAAAUGCUUGGUGAAGCUUUAUACAUGAAGAUUGCCCCAAAACAGCCUGAACUCGCUGGAAAGAUUACUGGGAUGCUAUUGGAGAUGGAUAAUAAGCAACUACUCGAUUUGGUGGAAGAUCAAAAGGCUUUGGAAGGAAAAGUCAAUGAAGCUUUACUGGUGUUGCAUGAAUUCAAGAAUACCGAUGGAUUAGAAACUGCUGAUGUUUAGUAUUCAUCUAUCAUAACUAGUUACUCGUUUUUUUUUUAUAUAUAUUGUUUAUUGUUAGUUUUUCAUUUUAGUUUAUCCCAUUUCGAAUUUUUUUUUUAUAUGUCGACUGAAAUAUAGAAAUAAAAAACG